CACACCAGCCAGGAGGAGAUUCUUCUCCGAGCCCAAAAAUAGCGCUUCUCUCGUCCCCCUCUUCCAGUGACCCUGCAAACUCCAGCGUUUUCCUCCUCCUUUUCUGAUUUCCAGUUCUGCUCCCUACCUGCUGCCCCAUGAAGGCUGGAGUAGCCGCUCUCACAGCCGGGAUCCUCGGCGGCACCGGCGUGUUGCUCUUCCUCAUCGCUUUUGGGACGGAUUACUGGCUUCUGGCUACGGAGACCUGCGGCGUCUUCGAGCAUGGGAAUAGCACCCUGCGGACCAGGGAGGCUGAAAUGCCGACAGAGGUCAGGAAGGAGAUCCUCACUUUCCACCAUGAGGGCUUCUUCUGGCGGUGCUGGUUCUUUGGCAAGGGCCACCCGGAGACCAUCUGGACCUUCUGCCAGCCAAGCACACCCCAAGUUCUGCAUGCAUGGCUACCUCUUCCCCAUGCCCAUCGCUCUCGGACCUUUCCCCCAUCCUUCCUACGACACAACCGCAGUGUACAGAGGCUUCUGGACGGCGUUCAUCAUGCUGGCCGUCGCCGCUGGGCUGGUGGGAGGGCUGCUGCUGGUGUGCGGCGUGCCCUUCGUCAGCCCCCGGUCCUACAAAGUUGGAGGCGGAUUCCUCCUCACCUCGGUUUUUCAUUUUGCUGCCCAAGGCGGGAAGAAAUCUGUCUCUACAUAAAAAGCGGUUUAGGGCUGGCAGGGAACGAAGACGUCUUUCUGCUGCGGCCGAGUCUAAAAGGCCCCAAAAAGAGGUGUUAAAGUGACACUUGUUCAAAGGAUGAAAAAUCCAAAAUAAAAUGGCAUUUUAAAACACCAAUGCCAAACACUUGCUUUGGUAAUAUGAGAGUGAAAGCCCCUGAUACCCUCAUUAUGAAGAGUCUCCUAAUGUCUAAAAUGAUGACAAAUUUCAGACAGUUUCACGAAUGCUUGUGAUUGAUUGCUCCAAGUAAGUGUUUUUUUUGCUGAACAGUUUUCAGUGCGCUGCCCCCCCUGCACUCCCACCGUCCUCCUGUGGCUCCACCUGCCCUUUCGAUUUUCUUUUCUCGCCGAGGAGACGGUGUAAAUCCCAGGGACUCCUCGCCACUCGGCUGUAAUUAUUCCGGGGAAGAAGGCUGCUUACUUUACAUUUUCUUGUCAUUUUCCCAGAGUGUGAAAACGUUCUUAAUUUAGAAGCCGUGGUCGUGUCGUCACCUCCAGUACCUGUUUAAUAAUAAAUCCUUCCGUAUCGACACUCGGUGCUUCUCCUGGCGAGCUCGGGGACGGUGCCACCGGCUCACCGGGCUUCCCCGCACCCUCCUCACUAAGAACUGGUGGGUUUUAAUUUGAUUUCCUCCAUAAAUGAGGCUAAAUUGUCCUCAAUGCAAACCCCCUGCUUAUUUAAAGAAAAGUAGGAGAUUUCAAAAGUACACUAGCGUACCCGUGUCCUCUGUCCCGCCGGGGCUCCGUUUUUAUUUGCAUCUCUUACGGUAGGUAUUAUAAGUUAAUGAAAUAGAAAUUGAUCCUUAAAAGAGCACUUUUCAAGGUUCAGUUGCUAUCUAAUUAAUUUAAUUUUAAAUUACAUCAGUAAUAAAGACUUAAUUGCCUUCUUAUCAAUAUAUUGUAUUCUGUAAAGGACAUGUGACUAUUUAAACAUGCAAUCGUUUUCUUAUAGUAGAAUAAUUGGUAUUUUAAUCAUACAACUAUCAUAUUAACUGUAAAAUAUUUAUUUGUGCACUUAAUUUCAAGUGGUAUCAAAAUCUCAAUGAACAUGCAAAUGUUACAACAGCUGCUAUUUAACUCCUAGCCUGCCUCUCCAGCAAACGUCAGGACUUUUCCGUGUAAGGGAGAGCGGCUUGGAAUAACAGCGUGCGGUGACGGAAAGUCUAGUCGUAUGGUUACACCGAUUUUUUGAUUAUUAAGAAUCAACUUGCAGUCUUAGGGUAUAGGAGGCAGUCUAAUAGACGCGACAGCUUACGAUGAGUAGCUUCGACUUGUAUGCAACAUGUAGCGAGGACCUUGAACCCUCUGUACCUUCACACAAGUCUCGGUUUUUGGUACAAGACGUGGAGCGGAGGUUUGUAGCCGCAGAUGUGCUUAUAGCCAUUAUAAGCAGAAACACAGUUAAACACUGAGAUGUUCUCUCUGGCCGAGGGUUCGGUAACCACCAUCGCUAAGCGGAUACAUCAAUGUCAAGCUUUACCCGCUUCCUUUGCUUAGCACGGGAGUUGGAUUUUUGUAGUGUAUAAGCUGCCAGGAAGAAUAAUUAAAUAUAGUAUAGGCUACCUUUGAUUUAAAAAUUGCAAGGGGAGAAAUUAAAUCCAGCAGAAGCCACAACACAUCCGCAGAACUGCGUGGUAACUUGUCAACUAAAUUAAUUUCGAACUGUUCACUUCUACUAUAAAAAUAUUAUAACCUGUGAUGUAUUUCUUUCAUAUGUGUGUGCGUAUGUGCAUAUAUCUAUAUGUUAUACAGCACCAUUUAAAAAUAGCGAGCUUCUAGCUGUGAAGUAGCAAGAUCAGAUAUUACUGACAUGCUUUCAGAUCUGUCAUCACACCGUCACUAUUUAGUUUUAAUGUAUGUUGACUUUAAAAUGCACUAUAUAUAUUUAAUGCGACACAGUAAAUAAUAUUGGGGCCGCUCUAGUUUUUGUCAUCUGCUUCAUACGGGGGAGCCAGACCUGCCGCCUCCGACCACCGUCACUUUGAAUUUUGGGGAAAGGAGGUUCCUAUUCAGGCACCGACCCCCCCAAACCCGCUGGGGGCUGCGCCAGGGCCGGGAGGUGCCUGUCGGCCACGUGCUUUUCAGAUGUGACCGAGCUCUUCCUGCAAACGCUGACCUCCGACGGGUAUGCGUCUGGAAAUACGAGAUGGCGGGGUCUCAGGGGAGAGCUGCUGUUUGGGUCGCAGCAUCCUGCAAGGCUUGGGAGGCUCCGAGGAGAGCGGACGCUCUCGAAGCGAGAUGCUGACCAGACUUGCGUGUGAGCUCGGCUCUCCUCCCGGCUGGCUCCAGGGAACGGCACAGGAGGUCUCGCUUGCCCGUGUUGUGCCAUAAAAAGACUUUCUAGCCUCAUGGUAUAAGCUGUUUGUUAUUUUUUUUAUUAUUCUGUUAUUUAGUAGCCCAUCUGAGAUUGAUAUCUCACAGCUACAUCCCUUUUCCACUCUAUUAUGUGUUAUUUCUCCGCAAAAUGGGAUCGUCUGUACUCCUUGCCAUGUGUUUUAAUACUUGGUUGCACAGCUCGGUUUCGGGAAGGGUAACACAAGCCGUGGAGACGAUCUGCCACGAGCUGCAGCAGCCGCUCCAGCGUCUGCACGGGCUCUGCUUGCGCUGGUGCUGGGGGUAGCAGGUUCGCUGCUAGAUAACACUUGCCAUCAGCAGGAAUGAUCCACGCAUGUUUGCAUUUCUGGUGGAAAUUGGAUGUGACACUACUUGGAAGGGUAGGGGAAAAAAAAGGAAAAAGUAAGUCUUGGUCUCUCCUUCUCGCUCAUCUCAGGCAAAUUAAAAAUAAAAAAAGGCAAAACAACCCACCUGGGUCCUCCUGGCAGGACCCGGUCACGGUGGAGUGGGCUUGGCUUUCAUGGAAACCUGCAGAGCAACGUCGUGGAUAAUAAUUCUGCAACGCUAAGUUUUGACGCAAAGGACCUGCCAGAAUAGGUGGAAAUCUGUUGCAAUCUUUUCUCGAUUUUAUUUCUGUGUUUCUUCAUACGCAAAGAGUAACUCACCUUUGUCUCUCU